UCCCCAGCCAUGGGUGAGGUGAAGGCAGAGGAGGUGGAGAAGUUCCUGGACUCAAAUGUCGGUUUUGCCAAACAGUACUACAACCUCCGCUACCGGGCCAAGGUCAUCUCAGACCUCCUGGGCGCCAAGGAGGCAGCCGUGGACUUCAGCACCUACCAUGCCGUGAGCAGUGUGGAGGAGAGUGAAAUCAUCUUUGACCUCCUGCGGGACUUUCAGGAGAAUCUGCAGGCUGAGAAAUGCAUCUUCAAUGUCAUGAAGAAGCUGUGCUUCCUCUUACAGGCAGAUCGCAUGAGCCUGUUCAUGUAUAGGGCCCGAAAUGGCAUCGCUGAGCUGGCCACCCGGCUUUUCAAUGUGCACAAGGAUGCUGUCCUUGAAGACUGCCUGGUGAUGCCCGACUCGGAGAUUGUGUUCCCCCUGGACAUGGGUGUGGUGGGCCACGUCGCACAGUCUAAAAAGAUCGUCAACGUUGCCAACACAGAAGAGGAUGAGCAUUUCUGUGACUUCGUGGACACCCUCACAGACUACCAGACUAAGAACAUCUUGGCUUCCCCCAUAAUGAAUGGGAAGGAUGUGGUUGCCAUAAUCAUGGCUGUGAAUAAAGUGGAUGGGCCCCACUUCACCCAGAAAGAUGAAGAGAUUCUUCUCAAGUAUCUCAAUUUUGCAAAUCUAAUCAUGAAGGUGUUCCACCUGAGUUACCUGCACAACUGUGAGACUCGGCGUGGCCAGAUACUGCUGUGGUCUGGGAGCAAAGUCUUUGAAGAGCUUACAGACAUCGAGCGACAAUUCCACAAAGCCCUGUACACAGUCCGAGCUUUCCUCAACUGUGACAGAUACUCUGUGGGGCUCUUAGACAUGACCAAGCAGAAGGAGUUUUUUGAUGUGUGGCCAGUCCUGAUGGGUGAGGCUCCACCUUACUCUGGUCCCAGGACUCCAGAUGGAAGGGAAAUCAACUUUUACAAGGUCAUUGACUACAUCCUGCAUGGUAAAGAAGACAUCAAAGUAAUCCCGAAUCCGCCUCCCGACCACUGGGCGUUAGUGAGCGGCCUCCCCACUUAUGUUGCCCAAAAUGGCCUGAUUUGCAACAUCAUGAAUGCUCCUGCGGAGGACUUUUUUGCAUUCCAGAAAGAGCCUCUGGAUGAAUCCGGAUGGAUGAUUAAAAACGUCCUUUCUAUGCCAAUUGUGAACAAGAAGGAAGAAAUUGUUGGGGUGGCCACGUUUUACAAUCGCAAAGACGGGAAGCCCUUUGAUGAAAUGGAUGAGACCCUCAUGGAGUCUUUGACUCAAUUCCUGGGCUGGUCUGUCUUAAAUCCUGACACCUACGAGUCCAUGAACAAACUUGAGAACAGGAAGGAUAUUUUCCAGGACAUGGUAAAAUAUCAUGUGAAGUGUGACAAUGAAGAAAUCCAGAAAAUCCUGAAAACCAGAGAGGUGUACGGCAAGGAGCCGUGGGAAUGCGAGGAAGACGAACUGGCCGACAUCCUGCAAGGAGAGCUGCCAGAUGCAGAGAAAUACGAGAUUAACAAGUUCCACUUCAGCGAUUUGCCCCUGACAGAACUGGAGCUGGUGAAAUGUGGGAUCCAGAUGUAUUAUGAGCUCAAAGUGGUGGAUAAGUUUCACAUUCCCCAGGAGGCCCUGGUGCGCUUCAUGUAUUCCCUGAGCAAGGGCUACCGCCGGAUCACCUACCACAACUGGAGGCACGGCUUCAACGUGGGGCAGACCAUGUUCUCCUUGCUGGUGACCGGAAAGCUGAAGCGCUACUUCACGGAUCUGGAGGCUUUGGCCAUGGUCACUGCUGCCUUCUGCCAUGACAUUGACCACAGAGGCACCAACAACCUUUACCAGAUGAAAUCCCAGAACCCACUGGCCAAGCUGCAUGGGUCCUCCAUCUUGGAAAGACACCACUUGGAGUUUGGCAAAACAUUGCUGAGAGAUGAGAGCCUGAAUAUAUUUCAAAACCUCAAUCGCAGGCAGCAUGAGCAUGCAAUCCACAUGAUGGACAUCGCGAUCAUCGCCACAGACCUCGCCCUGUAUUUCAAGAAGAGAACAAUGUUCCAGAAGAUCGUGGAUCAGUCUAAGACAUACGAGACUCAGCAGGAGUGGACGCAGUACAUGAUGCUGGAGCAGACACGGAAGGAAAUUGUCAUGGCCAUGAUGAUGACCGCCUGUGAUCUCUCAGCCAUCACCAAGCCCUGGGAGGUGCAGAGCAAGGUAGCUCUGCUGGUUGCGGCUGAAUUCUGGGAACAAGGUGACCUGGAGCGCUCAGUGCUGCAGCAGAAUCCCAUUCCCAUGAUGGACAGAAACAAGGCGGACGAACUCCCCAAGCUUCAGGUCGGCUUCAUUGACUUCGUCUGCACCUUCGUCUACAAGGAAUUCUCCCGUUUCCACGAGGAGAUCACACCCAUGCUGGAUGGGAUCACCAACAACCGCAAGGAGUGGAAGGCGCUUGCCGACGAGUACGAUGCCAAGAUGAAGGUGCUGGAGGAGGAGAAGCAGAACCAGCAGGGAGGCAAGCAAGCAGCCGCGGGAAAUCAGCCCGGGAGGAGCGCCGGCCCAGGAGGGGGCGCACCUGCGUCCAAGUCGUGCUGCAUCCAGUAGCACUAAGGGGGUCGGCUGACUGGAAUGGCGCCAGCCUUCGUGGGAAGAGGUUCCCAGAGCCAGUGGAAAACGGCACACCUUAUUGAGAAGUAAAAGAGAGCUAGGACUUCAAAGGUGAAAGAGAAUUUAGCUUAUAUCUUAUCUAGUGGCUUUCAAACAUUUUUUCAGCCUUGAGAACUUUUUAUUGCACUAAAGCCAACAUUCUAGCUUUCAUAGACAUCAAUUAAACAUUUAAUUAAUGUCGGAUUCACCUGCCUGCUGAGAAGCAUUUUUGUUCUUAUACUUCCAUUUUAUUAUAAAAAUUUUCAGUCAAAGGUAGAGAAUCAUACAAUGAAUCCCCACCAACCGUCACCCAGAUUCCAGUAUCAAGAUUUUGCCACAUUUGCUUCAUCCAUCCUUUUAUAUUUUUCAUUUUUUUCUUAGCUUUAGUAUUGAAAAGCAAAUUCCAGACAUAUCAUUUCACUCCUCCAUUACACGUCUUUAAAGACAUAGGGGUGUUUUCUAACAUAACCACAUGGCUAUCACAUGCAACAGAUGAACAGCUAAUGUCAGGUUGUGGUAGAUGCUGUGAUGAAGCUGUACUUUCCGUAAGAGACCUGUGGCCCCAGUGGCUGAGUGCCGUCAGCAAACAGCCCUCAGGGUCAGCCCUUCAGGGAAUACGUCAGUGGCAGGGAGACAAUUUGCCCAAGGUCAUGCCCUUUCCCAGGGUGGCCUACACCCAAUGACAGAUCUAUGCCGGGUGUUAAGGCCUGGCCAUCUUGGCCCAACGUGGCCCAACUCUGCAGGGCCAAUCUAGCUCCAGGACUCCCCGUGGGGUCCACCAAGGCUGCCGCUGGGCUCGUGUGGCAGCUCAGCUUCCCCCUCUGCCCUCUUCCACUCUCUUCCCCUCCCCAGGUGUUGGUCCCAGGGUGCUCCCUAAUAAGCACCCUGCAGACUCAGCCCAUUGCAGGGGCUGCUUCCUGGGGAACCCGACUUAUGACGUCAGCCCUUAAUCAACUCUCCCGCAUUGUUGCAAAAAUGUCUAGGAGUUGGUUUGCUUGAGUCUGAUCCAAACGAGGGUGACUUUCAGUUGUUGUUUCUUGGGUCUCUUUUAACCGACACAGUGCUCCCUCCUGUUUUUUCUUUGCCAGUGACUUGCUGCAGAAACAGGGUCAGUUGUCCCAUGUUCGGGAUUUGUCCCUUUGCUUCCUUGUGGGGGCGUAAAACGCAUUCCUCUGUCCGCUGUUCUCCUGUAAGCGGACGUUGGCUCUAGAACGUCUCUUCCUCCCAAACAGAGGUUAUGCAGAAAUUAAUAUAUUAGCAGUUGCUUUGAGGAGGAACACGUGGUUUCUCCAAACCGUUAGUACUGAUGGACGCUAACCUCCCUUUUUAUAGAGAAGAGGAAACUGAAGGCCAGCGAGGGGGUGGGCUGGGCCAAGUUCCUGGCACAGCUCCCCGGCUUCCCUCCAGAAGCAGAUACCCAAGGUCACAGAGAACACCGUGUCCAGGGCGCACGGCCCCGCGACUCCUACACCACAUCAAUCAGGGCCCCUGACGCAUGGGCCCCACACAUAUUUGCAGGUCAUGAUGUCCGUAGGGAGCUGAGCCUGGAACCCUCUUCUUUUAGCUCUCAAGCUAGAUUUUCCACCCUCUGGACAUCGGCACGCUCAGAGCAGUGGUCUUCUAAGCAGAGGCAUGUCCCUAACCACGUCACAUGUAGUGGUUAAGCUGCAGGGUAAACAGGAGAGAUAAGUGUCACCCAAGAACAUACAGGGGAUGCUGCUGGUCCUGGCUCUGUCCCUUGGGCUGCCUCCCUCUGCUCUCCCUGGCUUCCCCAUCUUUCAAACAAAGGUCUUAAUCCUUGCCAGGCCUCUCCCAGGGCUAUGGGUAGAAUGAGACUGUGCAUGAUGAGGACUACACCUAAUGUCGAUUAAGUGCCUACGAUGUCCUAGGUACCCAGCAUGACCUAAUUUCAUCCUCUCAACAACCCUAUAGGGUAGAAACUAUUACUAGCCCCACUUCUCACAUGAUGAUGUGGAGAUUCAGAGAGGUUAAGAAAGCUGCCCAAGGACAUCCAGCUGAUAAGUGGUGGAGUCAGGACUCAAAGCCAAGCAGCCUGACACCAGACUUCCAGCUUGUAACCAGUUCCCCUGCACUAUACUGCGUCAGAGAAUCAGCUUUUUUAGAACAUAAAGGACCUCUGAGUUCAUCUAAGCAAAUCAUCUUGUUUCAUAGUUGGGGAAACCAGGGGCCAAAGAGGUGAUUUGUCCAAGUUGGUACAAUACAGAAGCGGCAGAGUUGGGUCUCAAACGCAGGUCUUGGGGUCCUUGCACCACUGACUGCAUCUUUGAAGGGAUUAUUUCCUAUGACUCUGCGGCUGGGCUGCCUCCCCAGCUGUGUGUGUAUAGUCAACAGGCCACGGAUAGGAGCCGCUCACUCGCCCAUCCAGGAAUUCCUGAUCAGUGGGCCUGGGCACCCUGCAGUGAAUGGAGAAGCAGCCAUGCCCUCCUGGGGCUGACGCCUGGCGAGGGGGUGACAGACACUGAGCAAUCAAUCACUCUCAUCCAUGGCAGCGAACCUGCUGCAAUGUGGAAACCCCUCCAUUCACUUUAAAGGGAAAAUCACGAUGUGCUCCCUUCCAACCAAAGAAAUCCAAACAGUUUCCUGGUUGAGGAAAUAAAUCACCUGCACAAGAACUAGUUUAUGUAGGUAAUAAACAACUACUUGAAAAUAGUUUGCAUAUAACAUGAAAUGGAAUGGCUUACUGUACCUGUUCUUGUUUGCGUAUAACUUUCUUCACUAACGUUUCCACCCUUUGGGGGCACAGGGGGAUCGUGCAUUCCGACUGCACUUAAAAAUAAAACUAAAGUAGUUUUAGUGCCAAAUAAAGGCUAAAUCCAAGAGUGCUUUGAAACUGAGGAAAUUACACACACACCCCCAAGCCUGAGUGUUGGAAGGCGCCACUUCUUCACUGCUCUCGUCGGAGAAGUGAGCAAAAUGUCUCGAUUCACCCAAACACGGUGCACAGUUCCAACCUGUUCUCCACAUCCUCUGACCAGAAACCGUUUUGUAGUUGUCAACUGGUGAGUUUUUGCCUGAAACCAUGUCAAAGUAUCUCUUUGAGCACAUGUAUUUAGCGUUGAGUGUGCUUGUGUGAAACAGCUGGUACCCCAAGACAAGGGAGACCCUGUUGGGAAAGGGUCUCCCUUUAUAAAGUCGUGGCAAAGCCGGUACAGGGACAUCGGUUACGGGAGAGAAGUCUGAAUGGCCCCUUAGGAUCCAUGAAAAGUGCUGUGAGGGAGGAAAAAGGAAGGAGAGUCUCGGGGUUGGGGGGGUGGGCAGCAUCCCUUGAUCGGGGUUUUCUCUGAGAAGGUGACACUGAAACCAGAAUCCUUCCCCAUGUCAUGGCCAGAGUGUCCCUCAACGAACACGCAGGACUAAUAAAGACACACCUGGGCAGGGCUGUGGGUGGUAUUUUCUUUAAUCUCCAUAGUGUAUUUGUUAAGUUUAUUUAUAAGCAGAUCACUUCACUAUUUACAGUACAUGAGCAUAGAGAUUCUACAGUUUUUGUGAUGUAAACAGUAACUCCACAGCAGGAGUUUGAGAAAAGAAGCCAGUUCUGGAGUAUUUACAGACGUUAAAAUAGAACUUUAUACUCACGGAAUAAUAAUACAUAGAGCAAUUUGGUUAAAUUAUCUAUGAAACUAUAGAAUCUGACAAUGUACAAAUACAGGAAAACAUUUUCUCAUUUAGAAGGUAAGACAGAUAAAUCACACCAGAAAUAAAAUAGGGGGGGAUGACGACCACAAUAA